AUGGGUCAGACAGCGGCGCAGCCGCAAGGGUCUGCGAUUCGCAGCACUGAAGGGGCUCAGGUGGGGAGAGCCGCAGUCAGGACUCAGGCACAACGGCGGCAUGGCGCCGGGCAUCAAAGCGCACCAGCGCUGUGCCUGACCACUGCACUUUCUGCUCCGCACAGUCCGAGGUCGACACUUGCGCUAUCGACUUUCUCCUUCCUCACAUCCUUUACCCGUUUAACCUCACCUUUCCCGUCAAAAGCUUCACGGAACGAAUCCUCAUCCGAGUGGUGCUUGCACAACACUUUCAUCCUCGCCGCCGAGACCUGGCAUAAACUCGUUCACCAUGGCGUCAUUAAGACCGCCUCGCGUCCUGGUGAGAGAGAGCUGAACUUGUCUGUCGCUGAAGAGAUCCUGACUUCGCAGUCGUUCAAGAUCGGCCAGCGACAUGUAACUGUGCCCACGAUUCCCGCGAUUAUCGCUGGCGUAGUCACCCUCUUUCUGGUGUACACGCUGUCGACCCCGAGCUCACCAGUGUCAGUGGACUCGUUCACGCCGCACCUCGCGACACCAACAGAAAUUCCGGUUACAUACUACUCGAAACCGGGCAUGAGCUACCUGGAGUUGACGUCGAACCCUCUGUAUGGACUUCCGCGGACAAAGUCCAAGUUCCUUGUUGAGCCGGAGCAGUUCCCGCCAACGCCGCUGAAGAAGCACCUUCCUGAUGACUUCAAAGUGCCCGACUACGUCCCGAAGCCUGUGGGCGUCAAGGUCCCCGGUAUGCGUGUCCCCAAUGCCAUUCACUAUGUGUAUGGAUUGAAGCCUCCCAAGCAUGGGUACAGUGGCGAACAGCUGCCGUACUAUGCUUACCUCGCCAUGAAGAGCGCCAUCACCCGUCUGAAGCCUGAGAAGACCUUCUUGAUUCGUGACUUCGAUGACCUCUUAUCUUAUCCUACCACCAUGGGUAUGGAGCGCAGCCCGGACUCCCGCAAGGAAGAACUCGACGCUGGUGGUCUCUGCCCUGAGUCGCCCUUCGUCGAUCGAUGGCUGAACGAAUACCACUCCUUUAGGGAUGGAGGCUGGGCCGAGCUCUCGGUGCACAAGCCGUGGGAGCUUGCGCGGUACAACCCCGAGGAGAUCCAGGUCCUGAACCCCCGCGCGAUGUACUGGCCGAUGUGGCACGGCAACGAAGUCGACAAGACGCACACUGAGAACGAUUAUGACUUUUACAGCACCGGCCAGUACACGUACCACGGCUGGGAGUCGCUCGCGAUGAAGUACCUUAUCGCGCUGACCCCGGACGACAUUCGCAAAGUGGACACGAGCUUCCACCGCCUCGUCCGACCACUCGUAGGUCCCGAGGACGACGACGCCUAUGCGCAGUGGGCGAAGGAGCAGGCGAAGCGUGAUCUGGCCUAA